AUGGAACCAGCUGCUGCAAGGCUGCGAAACACUGGAAACUGGUGGUGUUCCUGUGGGUGCUGUGUACCUUUGCCUACAGAGGAGGAAUGCCUCUGUUGCAGGGAAUGGGACCUUUUGCAGCCAGCUGUGUUUGGGGAUUACCCAGUGGACGGUACACAACGCUGUGUAACGUCAUCAGAGGAUUUCCCCUCCUUGAUCAACAGGGCAGUGCUAGAGACCUUCUUCCAUGUUCCCAAAAUCAACUGGAAGAGGCGGCCAAGACCACAGGGAGAAAACGGCCAGCUGUCUAUUGACCAAUGCAGACUAGUGGCUUACCGUGUGGUGCUGGAGUGGGCGCUCAGAGGAGAGCGUCUAGGUCGUGGCAAUAGGAGAGUGUUGCCUAGAUGUAUAGUUAUGGCUAUAAGAAGCAAGUACCCCUCUCCCACCGGCACUUACACUGGCUUCAACGAGGCAGAGGACAUCUUCAAUAUACUGUAAAUAUUUCUGUACACGUACAUAUCACUGUAAGAUUCAAUCUUUUACAAUAAAGUAAUAACAAUAGCACAGCUGUGUUUCUAUCUCUUUAUUUUAAACCACAAACCAACACCCCCACAACCACACCCCCACACACACCAAUAAUGUUCUAUACAUUAUUUUUUGUCAGCUUUAGUAUGGUUUGAACCGUGAACUGUGCCGUGCAAGUAAGUCUGCCUUUUCAGGCCUCGGAACAGGAGCUAUGUUGUGCAGUAAUCUUCGGCGUGGUUUGCGACAGGGCAAAGGCUCUGUAUAAACAACAGUGUGGUCAUCCCUUCUCUUCAGGACUCUCUCCAUGAGGUUGGUACGGAAGGUUUGCUUGGUCCGUUCAUAGAUGGGCUUUGCAACCCACUGUGCGCUUUGUUUAGAGAAGGAAAACCUGUACCGGCAUUCUCCUAAGGCAAAAAGAAAAAAACAUAAAUUGUAGUGUACCAUGUCAUUGUUGCAUAUUCAUUUUUCAGGUAGUUUUAGGUGAAUGUUUUUUAUACCAGAAAAUACA